AUCCCCGAGGGCUUGGCCAUCUCUGCUGCACGAUGCAGUACCGUAAGGGCGAAGACGAUUUGGAUGCUUGCAACGAUGAUGCAACCUGCGGUUGCCAUGACAGCCCCGUGAGCAUCCCAGAUCUGUCUCCAUGCCACGACCGUAGCAGCCUCAGCCACGACAUCGAGGGGUCCUGCCAGAGCGUGCCACAGGGCUGCCAACCCAUAGAGCCCUGCCCGCCCCGCGGCUGUUGCCCAGCACAGCACAGCUGGGAUUGUGGUAAACCCCGACGGCGGGUGGAGGUGAGCCCUGUGCAGCCCGUCUGCCCACCAGUGAAAAUCCACCGCCGGCCACUGCAGCAGUACCGACCACCACUGCAGAGCGAGGACCAUGGCUGCAUUAAGCCCCGCAGAAGAGUGGAGCAGUGUCCCUCCGAGGAGCCCAUCACACUGCAUCCUCAACCCUUGCAGCACCGCUGUCCCUCCAUCCCCUACUGCCAUCCGCCUGUCCAGCACUGCCGUCCAUCUGUCCAGCACUGCCGUCCUCCUGUCCAGCACUGCCGUCCAUCUGUCCAGCACUGCCAUCCUCCUGUCCAGCACUGCUGCCCCACUGCUGUGCCCUUGCCACAGCAUCCUGGCCAGCACCAGUGCAAGCAAGUGCAGAUCUUGCCACCCUUUCAGCAUAAGAAAUGAGGAGGGGUCCCACGCCAGCGCAUUGCUCCACACUGUUGCCCCCAAGCUCGGCGUGGAGGUGCUCUGCUUUUUGCCCAAGCUGCUGGUGCUGCCACUUCUGCUUUCUGGCUGCUGCUCUGCACACUUCGAGGAUUUCAGGGACAUGGUCCCCUGCUUUGUGAUGGCACCAACACUCUAAAUCCAGUUCCAGGCACAGCUGCUUGGGGAAGACGUGGAUGCCCCAUCACUGGAGGUGCUCAGGCCCAGGCUGGAUGGAACCCUGGGCAGCCCGACCUGGUGGGAGGUGUUCUGCCCAUGGCAGGGGGUUGGAUCUGUUAAUCUUUAAGGUCCCUCCCAACCCAAACCAUUCCACAAUGCUAUGAAAUUCCCAGGGGUUUUCUCCACCAAAGAACAGACCUCAAUCACCCCAGCCCUACUUUGCUCCUGGGGCUCCCCCCUGGGGGGAAGACAAGCAUCCAGAUGAUGGAUGAACACCAGGAGGUGCAGGCAGCUGAUAACAAGUGCUCUUUCUCUCACAGCUUCAGUGCAUCAUAAUCUCAGAACUGUUCCAAACAAGGGUUGGAAAAAGGCACACACUGUGAGGGCAGGAGCAGCGGAGACUCUUGCAAGUUGAC